CGCGGGGAACCCAGUUCACGAAUGUAGGCUUGGAUCACGUGACGCUGUUUCACUUUCGGCGGCGGCGUUGUUCGAAGUGUAUCUUUUGCAGCGGCGGCGGCGGCGGCGGCAGGAGGAGCAGGAGCCAUGGUCUUCCUCGGGGUCUUCCUGCCCAGUGUGCUGCUGGGCCUCUGCGCCGCCCAGAGCCCUUUCCCUGCUGCUGCGGGGAGGCUGGAGGAGGAGGAGCGUUCGCCCUGGCUGGAGCUGCUCCUGCUGCUGCGCCCGGAGGUGGAGCCCGAGUGCCGGGAGCUCUUGGCCGGCUUCGCCAACAGCAGCGUCAGGCUCAGCGGCUGCCUGGUCCGCCACGCCCGGCCCGUCACCGUCUGCCAGAACUGCUACCGGCUCUUCCGCGAAGUCACCGAGCAGCUGGAGAACAUCAGCCGCGCCGCCGGGAACACUACUGAGAGUAAUCCCUGUGCCAAAAGUCUCUUGAUGUCUGAUAGACUACAGAUAGUUCUGAUCAUGUCUAAUUUUUUUAAUGCGACGUGGAAAAAGGCAAAUUGUGCAAAUUGUUUGAAAAACAACAGUGAAGGCUUGUCAAAUAGUACAGUGACAUUCCUGGCCUUAUUCAAUGAAUCGAUGGCAUGCUUUGAACACAACCUCCAGAGGCAGGAAGACAGUCGGCUCCUUGGUAACAUCUCAGAUGUGUGCAAGAACUGCAACGUAACUUACAAAAAACUGAAUGACAUGUACAACAGUAUGCAGAAGAGUGGGAAGGAAGAUGAAUCUGAAGAAGAGUUCCAUUUGUGCAUCGAUGUAGAAGAUGCUAUGAACAUCACACGAAGACUUUGGAGCACCAGUUUCAAUUGUUCUGUCCACUACAGCGACACGGUGCCAAUGAUUGCAGUUUCUUCAUUCAUUCUCUUUCUACCAGUUGUUUUCUAUUUGAGUAGCUUCCUUCACUCGAAACAGAAAAAGCGUAUCCUAAUGCCAUCCAAGAGGUUCCAGUCAAAUGAUAGUUCGGUGAACAUCCAAGAAAAAAAACAUUGAGCCUGCAGAAUGCAAGCUGCCAUGGGACAUAUGUAAUUGCUCUGAAGGAGAUAAUAACAAUUUGGAAUUGCACUGGAUUAUAAGAUGUAAAACGAGACAUUGUGUGACUCUGAGACGGGUACAUGCACUGAAGUGGUGAAAGUUUUUCCCACUCUUUGGGGUUUUUAUUGUGAAAGGAAACUGCUUCUUUCUUUUGGUACUGAGCUUUUGUCUCAUUUGAAUUCUGAUUGGUGACUGCUGAAUUACCUCCCCAUGUUUCCAUUAUACAUUCCUAUUCUUUGCAGUUUAUGAUUGACAACAAUCUAAUUUUAAUUUUCAUGUUCCCAGCCUUUAUUAUGACACAAACACAUUCUUUUUUUGUCUGUGAUACUUUUUUAAAAGGGUGAAAUUGGACUAAUGCCUUAAUUGCUAACAGUAUUUUGCGCUUGUUUCUCUGACUAGAUCACUAAUCUUGAGUCUUGAUUCUCUAAUCAAAUCCCUGGUUGCUAUGCCGCUUAGCUCUCUGAAAUAGUUUAUGUAGUGUUCAUGUAAUUUAUGCUAGAACUACUGGUCAUUUGAAUUCAGUGGUAUUUGUAGAAUUCUAUCUUGGCCAGAAUGCUGUGCACUUGAUACUACCAUAGAUAGGGUCCAGUAAACAGAAUCACUUCUAUUACUUUGAGUAAGGGCUAUGUGAAAAUUAUGCUCACCAAAACACUGUUACCUAAUCAUGUUCUUUUUAUCCAACUUGGACUACAAGUUUCAGAACGCUUUGUUUAGUUGGCAGGGGAAUUUUGGAGAUUGUAGUACAGCACACCUAAAGGAAUUGGAUUGGGAAAGGCUGCUCUCAAGCUGGCCUUUAUAAAGCGGCUUUAUAUUUAAUGGUACAUGGUUUAAAUAUAUUUAUUAGAAUUACAAAUGUAUUUUGCUAUUUUUGUAUAUUGGAAAAAAUAUCACUGGACAUAUUGAAUUUUGUUUGGUCUUAACUUGUUUGGACCUGAGAUAUAAAACGGUUACAUAUAUUUUAUGUAAAGUGAUGGUUUUUUCAUACUUAAGUGUUUCUGAAAGUUUAUUAAUAUGUCAAUAUUUUAUUAGCAAAGGAGCAACAUAGAUUUUUCUACUGUUUUAAUAAGAUAUAAAAAUAUACUUAAAAGACCUUGAAUUUCAGACUUGUAGGAUCUUUUUGGUAGACCUUUGUUACCCAGACCACAACACAACAGGUAGAUUUAGGAUUCAUCUUAGAGUCCCCGAGAAGAUACUGUAUACCUCCCCAUCCCAGUUGGGAGAUUAAACUGACAACUGUUAAGUGCCAUUGUUCAGUGGAAAGGCAAAAAGGACGCAUUAGAGGCAGAUUGUAGAAAGCUUUGAAUACACUUGAUCCAAAGCCGCUUGUUAGAAGAGAUUUUGAAAGGAAAAAAAGGGUGUAAUAUCUUUGUUCUGCCAGCAGGAAUGAGCCUAGUUGGUUUUAAAAAGGGGCCACUGCUCUACCAAGGAGUCUCCCUGCCUCUAUAGCAACGGUUCUCAACCUGUGGGUCACGACCCUUUUGGGGGCCAAACUAAGACCAUCGGAAAACACGUAUUUCCGAUGGUCUUAGGAGACAAUGCUAACUUUUCCCCACCCCCUUCGCUUCCCAGAGGCCUCUUCUUCUUCACUGGAGGGAGGUGGAGACAUCACUCAGCAUUUCCCCUCCUGCCACUUUAGAACAAGAGACAGGAGCAAUGGAGCUGAGGUUUGUUUUGGAGCCAAGAGGGAGGAAGAGGAAGGAGAAGAUGGAGAUGAGAAGGGAGAAGGUGAGGGAGAGGAGCCGGGUGUGUGUGUGUGUGUGUGGGGGGGGAUAGGGUUUAAAGAGGGGUGGAGUGGCCCCUCCAUGGCUGAAUCCCAGGGAGAAAGAGAAGUAACAGUGAAAAUACAUCCUGCACAUCAGAUAUUUACAUUGAUUCAUAACAGAAGCAAAAUUACAGCUAUGAUGUAGCAACAAAAAUAAUUUUAUGGUUGGGGGUCACCACAACAUAAGGAACUGUAUUAAAGGAUCAUGGCAUUAGGAAGGUUGAGAACCACUGCUCUACAGCUUUACUUCUAGAUAAAAAGCACCCAUUGGAUGAAAAGUGCAACAGCAUUUCCUCGCAGGAUGUUCUUCCACAGUAUUUGGGGCUUGCGUUUUAUCCUUUUACACAAUUCACCCACAGUUCAUUUUGAAUGUGAAAUUUUCUGUAAGGGAGAGACCCUUCUUAACCCUUGCUCCAUUGAAAAUGACAAGUCUUCCUCUGUGUCUAGGGGUGGGGUGGGUGACAUUUUUCAGCAUGAAAGUGGUUUAGCCCCUGGGCACAAACACUGGGUUUAUGCCCAGUAUUCCCCUUCUGAUUGCAGUCUUAGUGAAAGAAGGUGAAAAAUCAGCGCACAGGACCUAUAAUUCUGGUUUAUGGCUCUAAAUAUAAGCACAUUUGGAAGUUUGUUACAUAAGGUGGUAUUCAGAUACUGAUACUUGAGUCCAAAAGCCAUUCUAAUAGAAACACUGAGUGAAACAGUAGCUCAAGACAGUGGAAUUCUAGAUUCUACCAAUUCAGCUUGCAGGAGCAGAAAAGAUAUUUCUGAAUGUAACCCAAUUUGUGAUUAGAAAUUCCAAAGGAAGGUCUGCAUAAGAAUUUUAUCACAGAUGUGCGACCUUUCUGCAUAAAGGGAGCUUUUGAUAUGGAGGCGCAUUCCCAAAGUAAAUCUGUGAUGUGAUGCAGACAUCUAUGGCUCCAUUCAGAAUAAUUGUGUGCAUUACCUCUUACAUGGAACGUUUAUUUUACCCACAUAACUUGGGAGCAAAGGGCCUAAAUACCCUAAAGGCACCGGAUCCUGUCUGAUCUUGGAAACUAACUAGAGCCAACCCUGAUUAUUACUUGGAUGGGAGACCACAAAUCAAUACUAAGAGAUGUAGGUUAUAUUUCAGAGGAAUGAACUGGAUAAAUCGCCUCAGAAUACACUAUGUGUUUUUUCCAAAGUUGACAGACAAUUUGAAGGCAUGUUGCACACACCAUUUGUGAGUAAGAAAAUGAUACCUAUACUGACCUGAGGAUUUAUGCUAUUAAAAUGUAUGCACCUGCUUCCUUUCACACAGCAAAGCAAAUGUAUGUGCCAAAUGCCUCCAAGGUUAUACUUGUAUUUCUGCUUCCACUAUUGCCUCUGUUAGAAGUAAUCCUGAUAGAAUCCUUCCCCUAUGAAAUGUCACUGGAUGCCUUUUUAGCUCUUGUUUGGAAAUUAUAAGAGUUUUAGUCUAAGAUUAGAGAAAGUCCAGGUUCAGAAUACCACUUGGCCAGGCAGCUAACCUUGGGCCAGUGGCAUAGUCUCAGCUAACCUGUCUCAGAAAAUUAGUCAGGGGAUAGCAUAGGAAAGGGAGAACUGUAUGUCGCUGUGAACCCAUUGAAUGAAAGACUGGCCACAUAUUCAAUAAACACUUUACUAGCUGAGACAGUAUGGUUAUACAUAUUGAUAGGAGUGUUUUGCCAGUAUAUAUGACGGGAUUAAAGAGGAAAUCUUGUGUACGCAUUGUCCUCUGCAUGUAGCAGAGAUGAGAGAAGUGUAACUCCCAGUUUUUCAAGGACUAUGACUUCCCUCGAUCUAGCUAGACUAUACUGAUAUUGAUGCAGCCUAGGAUUGCAUUGGCUUUUUGGGUUGGCACCUCUUACUGUUCACUCAUGUUUCACUUAUGGUCUACUAAGACCUAGAUGCUAUUAUACAUAUACUGCUUUUAAGCUAGGUAUCACUUAUCCUACAAUAGUUUGUUUCAUUUUUCCUUUCUAAAUGUAAUAUUUUAUAUUUCUCACUGUUGAAAUUCAUUUUAUUAGUUUUGGCCUAAUUCUCCAAUCUGUUAAGGUAAUUUUGAAUUCUAAUCCUAUUCUCUGGGGUAUUGGCGAUCCUCUCCUAAUUUGGUGUCAUUGCAAAUUUGAUAAUCAUGCCUUCUGUUCCAUCACUCAAGCCAUCAAUAAAGAUGUUGAAUGGUGCCAGAAAAAAUGCUCAGGAACACCAUUAAACAUUUCCAUCCAGGAUGAAAAGGAACCAUUUGGGGGCCUUUUGGGGUUCAGUCCUUCAACCUGUCUCUCAUUGAAGGGACACAGCAUCUAUUUUUUAAGCAGCUAUUUUUCUAUCUACUGUAUUGCCUUCGGCUUUAAAGAUGUUUGGAUUUAGUCAGCAGCUGCCCUUAAUAGCAUUACAUUGAUUUGAGGCAUCAUAUGACGGGGAGCAGCUCAAAGCAAUCUUUCAUUCAUGCUGAGAGGGCCAGUGUGCUUGUGGAAAGCUAGGGAAUGACAGAUUUGCUCCCAUAAGCAGUGGCUUUUUGAGCUCAUUCAUAUUAAGUAGGUCUGAAAGUCAUUAUUCUUGGGUAUGGUGGUUAAGCACUUGAGGUCAAGGUGGAAGAGGAAAGCUGCUUUUAUGAUUUCCUUAGCUGCUAAGCCAAUUGAAAAGUACUCAUGUGAUUUUUGUUGUUGUUUUCUUGUUUUAGGCAUAAGAGAAUGAAAGACAUAACUUGUUCCUAAACUUAAUGCUAUCUUUCCCACAUGGUUUAAAAUGUUACAUUGUGCACUGGAAUAUUUCUACUGCUGUAUAACUUUUAUUUUUCAGCCUACUGGACAUCAGCAUAUAAGUAGUAAAAAGUCCCUUUCGGAAGAUAGGACAGUAUAAAUAAAAUGUAUUAUUAUUAUUAAAAAUACAAAAAUGUUUUUUUUAAUUACUGUCAGAUAUAAUAAAGAUUUCUUGUUCACAAUCA